GAAAUUUCUUCAUUUUCAAUGGAACAGCUGCGAGUUUCUCGUGAAAAUGUCAGUAUGUCGCGGACCUCGCGGCCAGUCCGCCCUCGAGACCCUCGCGAUGUAGGGAAGUUCGCCAUAGAUCUUGCUGUAGGCGGUGCCUCAGCAGCAAUAUCAAAAACCGCUGUUGCACCCAUAGAAAGGGUGAAGCUUCUGCUUCAGGUGCAAUAUUCCCAUAAAAGCAUCGCGGCUCAAGACCGGUAUAAGGGAAUCAUGGAUGCUUUCAUUCGAGUACCUAAAGAACAAGGCUUUUUCUCAUUUUGGAGAGGAAAUAUGACAAACGUCAUGCGAUAUUUUCCUACUCAGGCUUUGAACUUUGCAUUCAAUGAUUUAUAUAAAUCACUUAUGCUCGCAAAAUUGAAUCGGAACGAGCACUUCUGGAAGUACACUUUUGGUUCUCUAGCUGCGGGCGGUUGCGCAGGAUCGACUACAUUAUGUUUCGUUUAUCCACUAGAUUUUAUACGCACUCGACUGUCUGUUGAUGUAGGCACCCAUAAAACAAACAGAGAUUAUACGGGAUUUAUGGACUGUUUGAGGAAAACUGUUAGAUCUGAAGGAGUUGUGGGUCUUUAUCGAGGAUUUUUCAUAUCCAUACAGACUUACUUCAUUUAUCGGGCCGUUUAUUUUGGGAUGUAUGACACAAUUAGGCAAUUCGUUCAAGAGGACAAAAGAAAUCUACACUUCGUCAGCUCAUUUCUCAUUGCGCAGGGUGUUUCCAUAUGCUCUGCAUACUUGACUUAUCCUUGGGAUACAGUUCGUCGACGAAUGAUGAUAAAAGGAACGCUCAGCUCCAAACGAGCGUUUGCGGCAGCGAAACGUAUAGUAGUGGAGGAAGGUGUGCGAGGAUUGUUCAAGGGAGCACUAGCCAAUAUAUUCAGGAGCAGCGGGGGCGCAUUGGUUAUGGCAAUCUACGAAGAAAUCCAGAAGCAUUUACAAAAGAGCCACGGAAAUUGUUCGAGGUUUUUUGUAUCAUCGAUUUCUCGAGCUUUCUUGGAGCAACCAAGCGCCUUGAGCUCAGUGCGCUUUUCAUAA